GCAACCUCAGUUUAGUUAAGAAGCAAGUCUGGAGAGGUAACCAUUUUGGACGGUAAUUUUGUACAUCCGUUUGAAGUGAUAAUUGUGGAUACGAAAUAAAGCCGGGGACUUAUUAUGGAAGAGGAGAAGAAGGAGGAGGCCGUCCAGGUGGAAGAGAAGAAGAAUGAAAUCCUCCCGGUCGAGGAGAUUCCCGAAGAGAAAGGGCCGGACGUGACACCAGCCGUUGUGGAAAAGGUUGAAAUAGCACAGGUUGAAAAAAAGGAAGACAUAGAAGAAAAAGUAUUAGAACCUGAAGUUGAGAAAGAGGUUGAAGCUGAGGACAAAAAUGAAACGGUUGUUCUUGAUGAAUGUGAUGAAGUAGAUGUUGAUGAAGAUAUUGAUGGUGAAGAUGUUGAUGGUGAUGUCGACAUUGAUGAGGAAGUUCAUGAAGAGGAUGACGUUUCCUCUUCUUCUUCCGCAGUUCCUGAGGAACGAGAGGAUGGCGACGGAGAAGAAGAAAAAGAAGAAACAAAGAAAUUGGAUGACGAUGAAGAUAAACGGAAUCCACAGUACAUACCAAAAAAGGGGAUGUUUUACGAACAUGACGAUAGAACAGCAGACGUCGACGAGGAUGAAGCCUCAGCUGCGAACGAUAAGAAGCCCAAGAAGGGCAAAGUCUGGGAAGAUGUGGAUUUAUGGCGGCAUGACCUUUAUGACGAUGAUGAGCAAGGGCCUAAAAGCACACAAGAGCUUAUCGAUGCUUACGGUUAUGAUAUUCGUAGGGAAGAAGGUCCACCUAAAGCAAGGCGAAGACGUCGAUAUGGAAAGGGUCCAAACAAGUACCAGCGGUCUUGGGAAGAUGAAGGAGCUUAUAUUAAGACAAGUACGGGCUUUAGGGGGAGAAGAAUAAAUAAGAACUUUGUGAAAAAGGAUGAAGAUUUUCCUGAGUUGCCAUCAAAGGAAGUAGAGAAUGCAAAACCAGCUGAAGUAAAAGCACAGAAAAAAGUGCAAAUUAGUAAUAAAGUUACAGAAUUCAAAGAUUCCACACCUGUAACCAAUUUAGAAACGAAACAGCAAUUAAAAGAAAGCCCUGGAGAAAAGCAGUUUGCUUAUCGUGGUGGGCGUGGCGGCUCUACGCGGGGUCGUGGUGGUCGGGGUAGGUUUAGACCUGGUACAGGACGUGCUAUGAAUUCAAAUACGCAGUCAAAGCCGAGAAGAAAUGAUGAGGAAGAUAUUGCAGCUCUAGCGCAGCAUUUCUCUGAGGCAGUUAUUAACAUCGAUAAGAAUGUUAUUGCAAGAAGCACUAAUAACGAACUACCUGUGGAGAAAGGUUCUAAAAGUGUUCCUCAGCCUUCCCACAAGCACGAGGUUUCAAAGAGCAAACAAGCUCAGCAUCACCCACCCCAACAUUCACACGUGCAACAACUACCUCAAACUCAAGUGCAAUUGCAGCAACAGCAAAAUCAACAACAGGAAAGCCGGUCCAAGAGGUAUUCAGCACAGCGCCAAAGGUCUCUACCCCAGUCUAAUCCACAUCCUCAACAACAGCCGCAGCAGCAGCCGCAACAGCAACCACAACCUCAGCAACAACAACAACCUCAACAGCAACCAUCUCAACAACCUGUGGUGCAGCAGCAAUUUAUGCCACAGCAACCUCAGCAACAGAUCCCUCCUCCAACGUUCUAUCCUCAACAGCAACAUGGUGGGUGCGUUGAUGCUCCAGCUCCAGGAGGGAUGCCUCAGAACUAUCCUGGGAUGCAGGUAGUGGCUUUCCUCCCACCUCCUCCUCAUCCGCCACCUGCCCAGCCUGGAUUUCCACCUCCUCCUCUUUAUGUUUCUCCGCAAUACCUGCCUUCACCCACGAUGGCAGUACAACCUGGACCAACGGAAGUGUACCAAGGCGGUGGAAUAACAUUCUACAACACUCAGACACAAAUGGCACGCCCUACGCAACUUUCCCGUCGAGUCAAGCUUGCCAUUCCGAUCAUCUCGCCUAACGAAUCUCAGGCCGAGUCGUAACCGAUGAUAACAAUUCUCAUUGGUUUUCUUCGAUGUACAUAAAUUUAUAUUUAAAUUGAUUAACUAUAAAUUAAUUCGAUUGGUCAUAAGUUUAUGACAAGAUUUUUUUUAAAUUUUAAUUAAUUGCCACUAUCACAGAUUAUAAUUAAAACAAAAAUAUAAGGA